CCUGAUGACAUCUUGAAGGCGAUAUUUUUUUUAAAAGAAUCUGUUGAUUAUAAUCUUUUUAGAGGAUUGACUUUAUUUUUUUUUUUGACAAUGCAUUUUUUCCAUGUUUUAUAUCGUGAAUAUAAGUCGCCAGUAUUUGUAUUUUUUUUCUGGCUAUUCAAGAUUGUAGUUUUUUUCGAACACUUUUUUCUCACACAAAUCAAUAAAAACACUUCCCGUGAACGUCAUAAAUAAAUCAAUUUGGGUAAGAAAAUGUUGCCAAUGCGUUUGAAAAUCGCUCAAUCGGUUAAAUAUUAAAUGGAUAUUUUGUCAACAUGAUCGAUAUUUCAUUUAAAAGUAAUUCAUUCAUAUCAUUUCCGACAUAACAAAUAAUUUCUUUGUUGUCAAAUUACCAUGGCCAUUACUAAAGCAAGCGAAGAAAUACGCCUAAAUUAUGCUGCAGAAUUUUUUUCUCUACUAACUAAAUUACUUCAGUACCAUACCGAUCAAUAAAAUUGUAACAAAACUGACUUUUUUUUGAACAAACAAUUUUUAUAAUUAACGAUCAUGGGCGAAAAAGUGGGGAAUUCUCGAAAUGAAAUAAAGAAUUCACUUUGAGAUAUUGACAACUUGUAAUGAUCAUGGGAUUCAUUCAGUUUAUUAUCAUUGCUUAGUUUAAUCAUAUUUUUUAAUAGUCAGUAAAGAUAUUUGUGAACAACAUGGCUUCUUCAGCAACGACCGAAAUGGCAAAUCAUGAUCAGAAACCUUGUCAUAUGGAUAGAGUGAAAAAAUUUUUUAAUAUUGCAAUAAGAAAACUAAAUCCUUUGGUGAAUUCACAAGAGUUAAUCGAAGAAUUCAUUAAAAAUCUAUGGCAAUUCAAGCGACAACACGAAAUGUAUUGUAAAUGGACAAACCAUUUUCGAUUGAAAUUGGCUAUACAUACCUAUUGUUUCCUGCUUCAUGCCGUUUUUUAUGUAAUGGAUUUCGAUUCGGUCACCCAAAUCUUCAUGUUGGACAUUACGUACCUCAUGUUUAUGAAUAAUAAUUUUAAAUUCGUCAAUCUUAUCUACAUGGGCUUGUAUGCGGUUGCUAUUUAUUCUGAUUUUCUCUUUUACUUGAUAAAUUCGCGAGGUACUCUUUAUCAUUUUCAACUGUUGAAUCAGACAUAUUAUGGAAAACUCUUUCGGCAAAAACAAUGGAGGCCGUAUGAGACUAGGAAUCUAGGGAAUAGUAGCUGGAAUCACCAUUUAAAAUUAUUCAUUGUCAAUAAUAAAUCACGUGGUUCAAUUAAGUUAUUUUUGGACAUUAUCAUUGAAUUUUUUAUCAUAAUUACAGGUAAAAUAUCUACAAUGGCUAUAAUUUAUCAUACAAAUUACUUUCGAUUCUCUACAGAUUUCUCCCUUCUAACUAUUUCCUUUCAUUUGUGGCUGAAUCAAAUCGAAUAUUUAGAUGAAAAAUCCAUAUUUAAAUUAUUUUUGGCAAUAUUGUUUGUUCUGUUCGGAUCACUAUUCUGCAUGAUCCGCUUUCAUUUUUUAGUGUUUCAUUUUUGCAACGUAGUAAUUAGUAUCUUCCUUUUUAGUCAUAUGAUUUUUUCUUUAUUGAGCGAUACAAAUCAUAUGCUGCAACGUCAUGGUCGGAAGAUAAGUUGUGGAUUAUUCUUGUCUCAUAAAGAAGAACCGAGUAGAACAUUGUACCAAUUUAUUAAGAUGCAUCAAGCUUGUUCUGCACAAGUGGCUAGAUACAAUCAUGUUAUGGGACGUGCCUUUUCUGCUUAUUGUAUAAUGGUUUUGCCUAUAUCAUCGAUUCUUUUUGUCGAAUUAUUGGCAACAAAAAGUAAUGAUCCCCUCAAGAUAAUGAUGUAUAUAUUCUAUGCGGUUACCAUUAUCGUAAUGUUUGCCUCACAAUUACUGUAUAGCCAUUAUUCAGCCAUGUUACAUCGGCCUCAUCUACGAUUCUUACAUUUACAUGAUCAAAAUGUACGACUUAGUCGUAAUCAUUCGCUACAUAUUAAAACUUUAACUUAUGGUUCAACCAUACUUGGCAGUGAUCGAAAAAUGGGUAUCACUUUCGAUAGGUAUUUGAUGACAUAUACACAUGAUGCAUUUUUCAAGUCUAUCUUGUUUUAUGGUCAAAUGAUAUUAAUCACUCAAACUUUGCUAUCACAUCGUUCGUAAACAGCCAGUUUUCACAUUCAAGCUUAUUCUGUUUAUGAUCACAACUACUGCUCAUCCAUCAAGCAAUGUCGUUAUUAUCGUAUUUUACAUAAUAAAAUAAUUUACUUUUUGAGUCAUGUUGAACACACAUACACAUCA